AUGUCGUCCCUGCUCUCCAAUCCCUUGGCCUCUGCUGAGCAGCUCUCCAAUAGAGCCUCAAACAGCCAGUUCCCCUCAGACGCCCUCGACGCCGUCUUCGUAGCCGUCCAAUGUCUCACACAAGCCGCCGGCCUGCUCCUCGACAUCCCCCAAAGCACCACCGCCCAAGCCAAUGUCGUACUAGCUAGGUACUGGGUUUCCGAGCCGCCAGAAACUCUCGAGUUCAGUGACAUCUCAGCCGCCGCACUAUUCGUCAUAUCAAAAGACGGCCCCCAUCCCCGCUCCCCCCGAGACAUCUGCAACGUCUACACCUACCUCCUCUCCCCCGUCUCCCCCCUCUUCCAUACCCAACCCUCCUCCACUCCUAACACCCCUCCCCCUCCAAACCCGGAAACCUACAUCGCCUCCGAAUCCACCUACGCCACAUUCCACACCCGCCUCAUCCAAGCCGAAUCCCGCAUCCUCACAACCCUAGGCUACGACAUCUCCGUCUCCCUCCCCCACCCCUUAGCCAUCACCUACCUCCAAGCCCUCGACUUCGCCGGCCACCCGCGAGACCCGGGGCCCAUCACCGCCCGCGUGCUCGCCUACCUCAACACCGCGUUGCUCUCCCCGCAGAUGCUCUACCUCACUCAUCAGCCCGGAGAGCUCGCCACCGCCGCCAUCUUCUUGGCCUCGAGGGACUUGGGCGCGAAGAUGCCGCCUGAGCCUUGGUGGGAGCUGUUUGAUGUCGAUAGGGAGCAGCUGGGGUUUUUGGCUGUUUCGCUGAUUAGUGUUGAGACUAUUGUGAGGAGGCAGAGGGAGGAGUUUCCCUUUUUGAGCCGGGGGAUGGUCACGAGGAACAUGCUUGCGGAGGCCUUGUCUGCGGCUACCCCAUCGUGA